CUGGGAUGGCACCAUAUCAAUUGAGACAUUAAGAACAGUCAGAGCUGCACAGUUCUGACAGAAUGAAGUCGUGUUUAUGAGGACUAAACAGAGAUGUGACCUGAACAGGAGGUGGUAGCAGGGGUUUUGAUCACCCUCAGAGAGAGUCCCUUCACAUGGAGCAGAACUCGAACCAAACGCAGCGUGAGACUCGGGGAACCAGGAAGGGUGGCACGACCAAGGAGGGCGUGGCCGAUAGCCCAAGGACAGGACCGCGGGGUGAAAGGCCAAGGAGUUCCUCGAGUCGCAGAGCUGAAGACCCAAAGAGGAAAGCCAAGAGAAGACGAAGAAAACGGAAGAAGUCUGGCCAGGCCUGCCAGGGAGGAGAGGAGGCAGAAGAUGUGAAGCGUCUCGUGGAUGAUCAGGCCCAGACCACAUCGCCAGCGGAGACGCUGCCGGAGACCCCGGGGGAGCGGGCUCAGGCCCCGGGGGAGCGGGCUCAGGCCCCGGGGGAGCGGGCUCAGGCCCCUGGGGAGCGGGCUCAGGCCCCUGGGGAGCGGGCUCAGGCCCCUGGGGAGCGGGCUCAGACCCCGGGGGAACGGGCUCAGACCCCGGGGGAGCGGGCUCAGGCCCCGGGGGAGCGGGCUCAGGCCCCGGGGGAGCGGGCUCAGGCCCCGGGGGAGCGGGCUCAGACCCCGGCGGGGGCAGAAGAGCAGCUUGUGGACCAUCAAGAUCAAAGCAGUCAUCUUCAGUCCACGGAGAACAACCUGUCGCACCGUCUGAAAAAGCAUAAAAUGCAGGUGCACCGCCACACCCAAACCGGGAAGAGCACGACCAGGAGUUGGCAAACGCAGACUCCAGCAGUGGCUCAGUGCACCCGGUCGACGCAAUGGGAGCCCCAGACGGAGGGCGAGGGAGCUGAGGAGACUCAGGGUAAGGCCCCCGACCUGGGGCAGUCUGGGGAGAACCGGACUGUGCCGGCGCCUCCGGAGACAGACCCGCAGACGGGCAGACGGGAGGACGGGCAGAAACCCAGAGGAACGCCCAGGUCAGGAGGCAGCACGGAGGAGUCGAACCCAAAGGACCAACAGACGUCUACGUCACAGGGGGGGGGGGGUGCGGACCGCCGGGCCGCGUCAGUGGAGGAGAAGGCAGACCUCAAAGGAGCUGGGCGGAAGAAGGGAGACGGCCCCUCCGGGAAGAGCUCAGCGCCAGAGUCCGGGAUGACAAAAGAUGCCAAGGCCAAGCCCGGUUCGUACGCACAGGCGGUGAGCACGGGGUCUGCAAAGGUGGAGAGCGGGCCGGACCCCCCAGGGGCCGGAGAGAGGCCCCGCAGGGCGUCCCACAGCGAGGCAGAGCGCGGCCGGACUUCAGGGAGGUCUUCACCUUCUGAGACCCCCUUGUUCACCUUUCACGUUCACGCGGUGUUGGAUGCGAAAUUUCGGUUCAACCGUGAACAUGACAAAAUCUUCCUGCUUAGAGAAAGUGAAAGGCAUUUUGUCAACGUGACCCAUUUAUCUGAGCUUCCUCAGAAAGGCUUCCUACUGGAAGCAAGCUUUUCCCUGGAGGACAGAUAUGUUCCAAGGGGGCAAAAGUUGACCUACACGUAUGUCAUACAGCAACGCCGCAAAGACAUUGAAGAGACAGCCAUGAGGAACAUCUUUAUUCCCUGUGAUAACGCUGAUAAAGAUCUGCACCUUUUUGAGGGCUAUAUAUGCCGAAGUGAGCACACCUCCAUAGUGAGGCGUUUUAUUGGAUCUGUCUGGAAGAAACCAAAGGAUGAAGAUAUUCCAGAAAGCUGGCACUUCUCUGUGUCAGUGCUGCUGAAAAGAAUAUUUGUGAAUUGGUCUCCAUCUGACAAAGAAUGCACAAAGAAUCUGCAUAGGAACCUGACCGAUUUCCAAUACACAGUCAGUUGUGAUCCACCAAGAAUACAUUACCCAGAUAACUCACACCCUCCCAAGGUCAAUGUGGCCAGGUUGAUUUCAGAGCGUUUGCUUCACAUCUUAGAAGGAGCAGUGUCCGAGGCGGGCCAGAUGAGCGCCAGGUCUCUAGCGCUGGCCUUGGCUGUGUUUGUGCUCUCUGUUCAGUACAGUGAAGGUCUCGGAGUGAAGGGCUUGGCGAACCUCUGCCUAGUAUUGUCAUCAGCAAUAAACAGCUGCGACCUGAAGGAAGCGUUCAGUAGUUUCAACAAUCCACAGAGCCUUGUUCUUGAUCUGAUCGAACAGUGUGUACGACUGAAGGUGUCCGAGGUCCUUCUGCUCAUUCCUCUGCUCCACACGCUCCGGCCGCCGCCGUCAGACGCCCCAGGAAUGGGUCCUACUGUCGGGGAGGAGAUCUGGUCUGGAUUGGCCAUGGUCAAGUUCUGCCAUUUCAGAGACAGUGUAGCAGAAUGGAAAGACAAGAGAAGGAUGAUGAUGACUUUGAUCCGGAAGCACUUAACUGUGGUCCAAGAGAUGCCUCUGGUGUUACGGAGUUGGCUGACGCUGAUCCCACUGGAGGACUUCCCAGAGUUCUCUGAGCUGACAGGGGUGCACCCUGGCCUCCUGAUCCAGGCUCUGCUCUAUAGGUUCCAACAGUAUGCCUCCGAGACCACCAGAGACCACCUGAAUGAGCAGGCUCAAAGAGUCCUGACCCAUGUCAUCACAAAAAUGGAAACAGAAAGGGUGAUGGAUUCAGGAGACAUCAAGCUGCGUAGCAUCUUCCUGAGUAGCAUUGACUUGGUCAAGAACGCACGCAAAGUUGCAAAACUGGUACCGUGCUACCGGACUGUACUGCUCUCCUACCAGCUAGUGCUCAAGCUGACCUCCAUGAUCCAUCAAGUGUCUGCAGAACAGGCCCUGGAGGUUGAGGACGGCCACGCCCCAACCGUUGAAGCUGAGGUUCUCCCCGUCACUCGGCCAUACAGCACAGACCUGCUCCGCGUGCAGCAGCAUGUUAGCGAGUGGCGGGAUAGCCUGCUCCACAAACCUCUUCUCACAGAGUCCAAAGCACUCAGCUACCCCAAAGAGAUAGAGAUUUGGGAUGCCCUGCUGAAGGUGGAAUGCUCCGAUGAGGAAGUGUUGGUCCAGUGGAGGUCCUCCGUGGAGAAGGACCUGAGGACCAGGAUUAACCAGUCCGAGGAAGAGGACAGGAUCCUUCUGUGUUGUCUUGAGUUAUCCUUGGGGUGCAGCCACAGUACCUUACAAACCUGCUUCCAGGAGCUGUGUCAGACCGCCAUUCGAAGCACCUGCCAGAGAGAGAAAGAGGGGGAUCUGAUAAAGACCCUUUAUUCUAAAAUGAAAGAUAUCCCCGGCAACAUCCUUUCCUCGAUUAUAGUGGAGUCAGCUGCAAGGUUUCACCACAACUCUGUGCUACAGCUGCUCGAUCCGCAGUCCGCCAUCAGCUGCAUUCUGUCUCAAGAAUGGAAGACACUACCCCUGGAUGAUGGGGCUGAGGAGAUUGUCAGAGGCUGCUUGGACAGAAUGGCGUCGCUGGUGGACUCCCUGAUUGUAGGGCAUGUAACACUGGGAGAUCUGACGACCACCCUGCGGCACAAAGACCAGUUUAAGAAGCUCUACAACUACUAUAGAAAGAGUGGGACCUCGGAUUCCAUUCCAGCUGAUGCAGGGCGCAUUCUGGCUGAGAGAGAGAAGGAGCUCACCUUUUUCCGUCACCAACAACAGCAUGUGAACACGUUGAUAAAUAUGUUUGCCAAAGUCACAGAAAGCAUCACAGUGUUUGAGUUGUUCACACUCAAAGAGCAACAUCAACAAGACAUCCAUUCAGUAUGCCUGAACGAGUUGAUGCUGGUGAAUAGUUUGAGAGACCAGGUGGUGUCUGAUUGGAAGCUCCUCUGGUAUUCACUCAGCCCAGAGAUCCUAGAGAUGGCCUCAGAAAUGCAUCAACUUCACAACAGCAACCUGAUUCUCGCAUACUGGGACAGACGGGCUGCGAGACUGGACACAAACCGAUCAGGCAGCUCAGUGUCUGUUCCGGUCACCCUAUCGCAGGCCUGCGACCUGAUCUGGAGACCAAUGCUAGACGAUUAUUUCCAGCACGGCGUUGAAAUUGCCAACGCCACCGUCACAUUUGAACGUCUCGACCGGGUUCUGGUGGACACAGGGGACAGUGGAGACGGGAAGCUGAUGAAGCAGGAGCUGAGUUUGAUGGCUGAUGUAAUCUUCCAGCUGGAAGAACUCCACGAGUACCUCCCUCCCCCUGAGGACCACUGGGUGGAGGCGAGACUCGCUCAGAUCCAGGACUAUCGGCAGGUCCUCGGGGUGGCUGCCGCAGCAAGUUCAGUGCUGCAGAUCGCAGAUAAAAUGGAGCUCAAUGGAGACUUCCGCAAGAUCCAGAAUCUCACCCAACUGCAAGAAGAUGCGUUCAAACAGAGGACCCUCAAUUCACUUUCGACCGAACUGAUCAGUGCCAAGCAACAACUCUCCAGCGUCACCAAGCAGCAGACCUUGUGUCUGGAUGAGUUCUUGAAGAGCCACACUCUGGUCACCUGGGUCAAGGAGAACCUAAAGAACAUGAGCGAUGUGAAGGUGUUUGUCGAGCUGGCGUCCAUAUCUGCUGGAGAGAACGACACAGAGAUCGACCAGGUUGCCUGCUUCCAUGAUGCAGUGAUGGGCUACGGGCCACUGCUCUACAACCUCAGACCCACCGCGGGUUUUAAUGAAUUCAUGAACUUGGCCAAACCGGUGUGGGACGCCCAGCAACGAGACGGGAAACUACCGGAUAAAUUGAGGGACUCCACACGACUGUUGAGCUGGCUGAAGGGACUGAAGGAGACCCAUGGGUCUGUGGAGCAGUCCUCCCUCGCCCUGGCCUCCUCCAUUAAUGAAACAGGAGUUUAUCAGAUUGGAUGGUCCAACGAGAACACAGAGAAGAGAUGUCUACAGAACCUCAUGUCUGUAAGAGUGGACAAGGGCCAUGCACAGAAGAGAUACAGCCUUGAAGAGCUGCUGGAGUUGCAAAACAAACUCAUGCUCAUGUCCUCCAAAGGAGAACAUGGCAAGAACCAAGUCAGAAGGUUCACACAGGUCUUUGAAGGUGUUCAAAGAGUGGCCUCGAUUCUGCUCGAAAUGCAAAUGUCAGGCAACAUGCUCUACAGGGAAUGGAAUGCUUCGGUCAACUGCGUACACGCGUGCCAGCCAUCUAUCCAAGUGAGAUUCCUGUCAUUUGACGACCGACUAAAUGAGUUCCACGGGGAGGUGACGGAGAACCUACAACAGCUUGGUCGCUCCAUGGAGAUCUGCCAUAAGGAAUGGUGUUUGUUUAUCACCGAAAAACGCUCCAACUUCCAUAUGCUGAACCACUUCACUUCAGAGCAGCUGGUGUACCUAUGCCACUGGAUACACAGUGUGUGUCACCGCCAGAGCCCGGUUCCUCAACAGCUAUGGCAUCUGCUCACCCCCAUAAAGCCCCAGUGCACCCUGGCUGAUAUCAGAAACGCCUUUGAAACUGCAACAGGGACAACUCUGAGGCAAACAGUUGAGCAAGGCGCCAAGCGUUCGUGUGAGGAUUUCAUGCAGUUUUCCUCGGAGGAUGAGGAUGAGGAUGACACGAUAGUGGAAGAUGCUGAGGCCAUGGAUUGCUCACCCUUGAGCAAAGGGGAGGAUGGUAAAAACAAUAGCAUGGAGGAUCUGUGGAGAGAGUUCAAGGAAAACAUGCCACAGCAUCUCCACCAGCACUUGGACAUCUCCACACUUGCACACUUCCUUUCCUGCCUAUCUGAUAUGAGCCAGCAGCACAUCUCCAGGACCAUCCCGAGUUCCCUCGAGGAGGGGAAACCCAACCUGGUGCUCUGUCCCGCCACGGAGGUGUUCCCGACGACGCUGUCCCUCUACGCCCACAGCCCCGAGCAGCCGCUGCCCUCCUCCGACGAGGUGCUGGUGUGCAGGGAGGCCACCACUGAGGAGCAGGUGGAGAUCUUUCUUCGUCGUGCUCUGGGUCAGGGCUCCAAAAUGAGCCAGAAGAGGAUUUAUUCUCUGGUCAACCCCGGAUUGUUAGGCUACGAAGUGAGCGUGGCCCUUGGAGAGGUGUUUGACAGACUGGAAAGCAGUGCCGGUGUCCACUAUCGGCUGGUGAUAGUCAGUCCCCUGGUGCACCAGCACAGAUAUGUGCCUUCCUUCUUCAGUAAUCACAAAGUUCAGGCAGGAGUGACUGUAACGGCCGAUACUAUCACGAAAUACAUCCACCACCACUUCACCGUCACCAAUAAACACAGUCCCGUGUCAAUGAUCUCUCCGGAGAAACUGUCUGUUUGGGUAGUGUCCUCUCAACGCCCUGCAGUUGGAAAAUCCCUUUAUGUCGACCGUUUGUUCCAGAGCUUUCAACAGAAAUCUGCCCCGGCACAGAAAAUCACAAUCAGAUUGAUUGAACCACUAAUUGAUAUCGACUCAAUGGUUCAGACACUAUUAGACCGACUAGAAUCUACAAGAGAGCAGGAUCCAAUUCUGCUUCACAUUGACACAGCAGCAGUGAACUCUGGUCUGGAAGAAUUCCUGUUCCAGUUGCUGGUUUUAUGCUGCUUGUGUGACAGCCAAGGAACUGUGUGGAGAAGGAAUUUAUCUCACCUUUUCAUGAUUGAGGUUCUGAAACCAUGCAAACCUUCAAAGGAGAAUUCAAAGGAGGUGAAACUUGGACUUCUUGACAUUCUUCCAACCAUCCAGUGCAGAACUCCUAAGGAGGUGCACAACUUGUUGGUUGACCAGGACAGGUUAACAAUGAACGACUUUGACCCACUCAUGGACAAACAAGAGUUUGUCAGUGAAGGGAUUCAGAGACCCUAUCAGUUUUUAAAGCUCUUCUACAGCAAACAAAACCUGGAUCCAUUCAAGUACCAGGAAGUUAAGGGGAAUCCUCAGGAAUGCCUGAGAUAUUUCCUUUACUAUUGUGGAAUGCCUGACCCAUCUUGGGCAGAGUUGAAAAAUUUCUCAUGGUUCCUUGAUGUGCAGCUCAAAGAUUGUGAGAACUCAAUUUUCUGUGAUCGAGAUUUUCUCGCUGACCAACUGCUUGGCUUCAAGGAUUUUAUUGUGAAGUUCAUGAUUCUCAUGGCACGGGAUUUCGCUUCCCCGUCGAUGGAUUCAAAUCGUCAUCAAAACAUCCAUCCUGAGGAUGACAUGUUGACCAUACGCAAGCAUUGGGAGCGUGAAGCCCAUCCAUACAUUUUCUUUAAUGCCGACCAUUUCUCAAUGUCUUUCCUUGGCUUCCACGUGAAGAAAUGUCAGAGCCGAAACACAUUUGAUGCAGUCGACAUCCACAGUCAGCAGGUGCUAAUUAAAGAUGUGAUGACAAAGAAACUUUUUGAAGGUUUAGAACGCCAACAUAUCUGCCUCACUGAAGACUUUGACCUGCUGGACCGGCAGGACAAAAUCAAGCGGAUAUCACGCGUUGUUGGUGCCACCAAAUUCAACAGGAACAAAGAUUUUGAUCCAGACCCGACAUAUGAACUGACCUCAGACAAUGUGAGGAAAAUGCUGGCUAUUCACAUGAGAUUUCGUAGCGGGAUUCCCGUCAUCAUCAUGGGAGAGACCGGCUGUGGAAAGACCCGACUGGUCCGCUUCCUUUGCGAUCUGCAGAAGGAGGGAAGAGAGCUCGAAAACAUGAAACUCGUCAAAGUUCAUGGUGGAACUACAGCUGAGAUGAUCUACCGAAGAGUGAGGGAAGCAGAGAUUCUCGCUGAGCAGAAUUUCAGAACAAACAAACUAGACACCAUUUUAUUCUUUGAUGAGGCAAACACCACAGAGGCCAUUUUUGCCAUCAAGGAAAUCCUGUGUGAUAAGACCGUUCAAGGAAAACCCCUGAACUCAGACAGUGGCCUGAAAAUAAUUGCUGCUUGCAAUCCAUACCGAAAACAUACACCUGAAAUGGUGAAGCGUUUGGAACGUGCAGGUUUAGGCUACAGAGUAAAGGCAGAUGAAACAGAAGACCGUCUUGGAAAAGUCCCACUGAGGCAGCUUGUGUACAGAGUCCAUCCUCUGCCUCCAAGUAUGGCUUCACUAGUGUGGGAUUUUGGUCAGUUGAGUGAUGCCACUGAACUUUCCUACAUCAAGCAGAUUGUCCAAAGAAAGGUGGACAGCAAUGAUUUACCAGUGGUUUGUGAGAACAUCAUUUCAAAUGUCCUGGCAGCCUCACAACAAUACAUGCGGGAGCAAAAAAACGAGUGCAGCUUUGUGAGCCUGCGAGAUGUGGAAAGGUCAAUGAAUGUCUUGGUCUGGUUCUACGAGCAUGGCGAUGACUUCGAAAAUCUAAAGGAUCUCCCAAUGCCUUGCAGGGCAUUGACCUGCUUGGUUCUUGCAGUUGGGGUUUGCUACUACCCAUCUCUUGUGCGCACUGAACCUUACCUCUCCCACAUUUGCAGAUACUUUCCAGGUUAUCUCCGCUCUGCAGAGUCAUUAGAGCAAGUGAUUUCAGAAUGUCAAGAAUUCUUACUUCAAAACAUACAGACAAGGGAAACAAUCGCAAAGAACGCAGCCCUGAAAGAAAACGUGUUUCUCAUGGUGAUCUGCAUUCAACUCAAGAUCCCACUGUUUCUAGUUGGCAAACCAGGAAGCUCCAAGUCCCUGGCUAAGACAGUUGUUUCUGAUGCCAUGCAGGGACAGAACUCACACGUUGAACUGUUCAGGAAGCUCAAACAGGUCCACAUGGUCUCCUUCCAAUGCAGUCCUUACUCAAGUCCUGAGGGUAUCAUCGGGACCUUCAAGAACUGUGCACGUUUCCAGAAGGAUAAAAACAUGGAUGAGUAUGUGUCUGUUGUGGUGCUGGAUGAGAUUGGCUUAGCAGAAGACUCUCCUCAGAUGCCCUUGAAGACUCUUCAUCCUCUCCUUGAGGAUGGUUGCAUUGACAAUGACAGGCCUGAUCCAUACAUGAAAGUUGGAUUUGUUGGCAUCUCAAAUUGGGCUCUUGACCCAGCCAAGAUGAACAGAGGAAUAUUUGUGUCCAGAUGGGAUCCUAGUGAGAAAGAACUUGUGGAAACCGCCAAGGGGAUUUGCUCAUCCUCACCCCCGGUAAAUCUGAAAAUCAAGCACCUCUUCCCACCUCUAGCGAAGGCCUUUCGGAAGAUCUGUAAGGAGACUGCAACCAAUCAGUUCUUUGGGCUGAGGGACUACUACAGCCUUGUGAAAAUGCUUUUUUCAAUUGUCAAUCGCUCGCAACAAGAGCCAGACGACGAGGAGUUAGUUGAGGCAAUCUUGCACAACUUCAGCGGCCAACCAGACAGUUUUGACCCUCUCAUUUUUUUCAAUGAGGUCUUUAAAAACCUUUCUGAAGUUCCCAGGCCAAGUGCCCUGCAAAUGAUCAAAAGUAAUCUGGCUUGUGACAGCGGUCUUGAGAACCGGUAUCUCCUUUUGCUCACCACUAACAAUGCAGCGCUCUAUAUGCUUCAACAGCAUAUCUUUGCAAAUGGAGACCAGGCUCCCCCUGAGAUUGUGUUCGGCUCAGGAUUUCCCAAGGACCAAGAAUACUCCCAAGUUUGCCGCAAUGUGAACCGAGUGAAGACAUGCAUGGAAACCGGGCGCACAGUCAUUCUUCUGAACAUGCAGAAUCUUUAUGAAAGCUUGUACGAUGCCUUGAACCAAUACUAUGUUUACCUCAGUCAGCAGCAGUAUGUCGAUCUUGGCCUCGGCUCACACAGAGUCAAAUGCCGUGUCCACAGGAGCUUCAGGCUGAUUGUAGUAGAAGACCAGAAGAAGGUCUAUGAACAGUUCCCUGUGCCCCUCAUCAAUCGACUAGAAAAGCACAGAGUGGACAGAAGUACGGAUCUGACAGCAUGGCAACGCAGUGUCCUGGAGAAACUUAGGGAAUGGGUGAAGGACUUUUUGGGCAAUUGCUCAGAAGAAUUCACUCUGUCUGACGUAUUUGUGGGCUUUCACGAUGACGCCUGUGCCAGUGCUUUGUUGCAAGCCUUGGAAAAUAGACCACAAACACUGUUUGACAAUUCUGUGGGACAACAAAGAGAAGAGCUACCUGAAGCAAACACAAACAAGGAUGCAGUUACUGCAGAUGAUGAUGCCAUGGAUACAGGGCUUGACAAAGAACAGCAUACCAGUGAAUCCAUGAAGAAGACAGACAAAGUCUCGAUGGAGAAACUGGAUGAAAACUCAGGAGAAAUGACUGUUCCACAAAAGCUUGGAGAAGGAACAAAGGCUGGAAUCAGUUCACAGGCUGCCGUUGACAGUGAAGAAGAGGUGUUGGAAUUGGCCAAAUGCCUUCUGCUGAACUGCGCCACCCCAGACUCUGUGCUGAGACUUAAACAUUCAGCCUUGUCAGAUAUUGAGAAGAAAAGACUUCGGAAAAGUUAUUUCCAGCAACAGCAUCAUCAUUCCCUCCAGGGUUUCCUGGAAAACCAUUUGAAAAAGCCACAAGAGUCCAACAGGUUCCUUGAGGUCACGACAUUCUCCAGCUUGCUAACCACAUCAGAUGUAAAGACAGUGGCCAAUGUCCUUGGCCUGCCGCGGGACAGACUCCUGCUGCUCUCCCUUCACCAGUUUGACACAGAGGCCUCAUUCUCAAGCAAGAUACGGAGCUUCCUGCAAGAUCCUGAGCCCUCUGCUCUGGUUCUGAUCGUUCAGAUGGAUCUUGAGGAGGACUGCAGCGAUGAGCUCAUAGCUUCUGCAAAGUACUGCACUAUGAACUACCUGAUGUCCCUGGACCACCAUGCCUGUUGGGUGGUUUUCAUCGCCAAGCUCUCACGGAUGCCCAGUGGAUCUCACUACAUCGGCUUCCAGGGAGGAAUCUGGCACUCGGUGCAUAUUGACGACCUCAGGGACAUGGAGGACAUGAGCUUGAACCUGUCGGAGUUCAGUGCCACUCCCAUUAGCAAGCUUCUUCACCCUCAAGCUUCUGAAGAAAAAAUGGAAAUGGAGCAGCCAACAAAAAACACAGAAGAGGACAACGAAAGAUGUCCAAAGGAGCCGGCAGCUCAGCUCCACAGCCUGGCCUUGGUGAGGUCUUGUGUUCAGAAGGCGCUGGGUCUGUUGAGGGAUCCCGGUGGGAUGGCAUCCCGGAGCGGGGAACGCAUCCACACACUUCUCGCCCUCCUGGGGAACGGCCAAGACAACGCACACGCUCGGUUCCGUGCGGUGUUGCUAGGCAGAUUGGCGCGGGCCUUGGCUCUGAAGGAGGAGACAGAGUUCUCUCCGGCAGAGUGGCUGAAUGCCGAAGCCAAGAAACGGCAGGCUCUGCAGGAGGGGGGCACUCUGCGCCAUACCCUGUGGCGCUGUCUGCAGUCCCACGUCAGCCCGGUCUUGGCCACCGUGGUGGAGCUGUUGGACCGGGGGGCCAACCUGGACCUGCUCCAUGGGGGUCAGCUGAGCCCGGGCUUGACAGGACUGUGGUUGGACAUUUUCUCUGACACGCAGAUCCUCGACCUAACGCCUCCUCAGACAUCCAGUAAGUUAGAGCGGGAGGUAUUGGUGCAGGGCUCCAUCAGGUUGGACGGCGUUGAGCAGCCCUGCGCGGCGCCCUUCAGCUGGCUCAUCAAGUCGUACCUCCAGAGCUUGUGGGACGAGUCUGAAUUCAUUCCAGUGACCACCGACGACAGCAUGUCGAGGAUUCAGCAGUUUGUCAGCGCCUUCGACAACAGCCGGCUGGGCGGGUACCUCCAGAAGCUGACCGUGCAGGAGCGAGAGGAGUUCAGCCAGCGCUUCCUCCAGGACUACCUGCUGCUCUCCUUGAAGAUCACCACCAACGCGGAGCUGAGGAUGUUCAGCAAGGCGCUGUCAGGCUGCGUCUCUGAGCUCCAGAGCUGCUCUACUGGGGCUUUGUCUCACCUCUCCCCAGCCUGGGCCAUGGCUGGGGCCAAACACUACGCCAGCAGACUGCACACUCUGUCCCACACUCUGCUGGUCGAGGAUCAGCUCGCCAUGGAGGUCCACCUGCUGGCCGCCAAGAGGGAACCUGCCGAAAUGAUCGAGGAUGUCUUAGCCCUGGGAAUCUGUGUGGAGAAAACCAGGCUGUUGCCAGUGACCACGCUGGGAGAGUGCAAAGUGUUGGUGCGCCGGGUGGACCUCCUGCAGCCGUGCCUCGAGAGAGCCUUCAGUCAAAGCUACAGCGCCCUCUGUGGGCCUGGCUGUCUGCAGCACCUGAACUCACUGAGGUCAACGUGGUGUGGACUGCAGGUCACUGCCGCCUUCAUCCAGAGGGUGUUGUUGGAGGCGGCCAAAGGCGGCGCCAUCCUGAAGGAGCUAGCGCUCAAACACUGCAACCUCCUCCAGCGGUUGAUGCAGGAGUCACCUGACCUCUGGAACGCGGCGGUCCUGCAGAAGCUCAUUAGCAUCCUGAACUCUUACAACGAGGAGUCGUCCAGCCGUACCCUGAGGUACGGACGGCUCUGCGCCGUGUGCCUGUCCGAGCUGGAGGACCCGUGCCUCCUGCCCUGUGAGCACCUCAUCUGCCUGCCCUGCAUCCAGGAGUGCAUCCGGAACGACCGACGCUUCUGCCCCACGUGCAGGAAGGACUUGCCCCCACAACCCCAGCUCACCGUCUCAGACGACGUCAAGACCGCCCUGCAGAGACAGGCGGAGGUGCGCUCCUCAUGCACCUCCUUCUUCCUGGAGGUGGUGUCUCGCUUCUGCCUGUCUGAGGACCAGAGUCCCUCUGAGGAGGUGGUGGAGUUGCUGUUCUCCCUGCUCAUCUCCACCCACGGAGACGUGUACAAGACCCGGCAGCUGUCCCCCUUCCUGGAGUGUGUGGACAACAGCCCGGUGGUCCGCUCGGUUCUGCCCAAGCUCCUGCUGCAGUACAGCUUUAAGCAGGUGAAGGGCCACAUCCAGAAGUACCUGAGGAGCCUGGAGGACAACAUAGUGCCAGGAGGAGACCGCACGGGCCUCUAUCUGCUCUUCGUCAACUGCUUCCAGGACGCCCUGCUCUGCUCGGGGGCCGGGGCGCCCCAGGACCCCGAGGGCCGCCGCAGGAGGUGGGAGGAGGAGCGCCGGUUCCUGAGCCGGCUGGCCCGGGGGCAGACCCCCGACCGGAGGGAGGACCCCGCCGAGUUCCUGCUCAACACGGCCCGGCUCCGGCUGAGCCUGGGCGUCGCCGCGCACAUGCUGGUCAACGCCGCAGACACCUCGGAGGAGCAGUUUGAGUACGAUCAGUACCUGCAGCAGGUGCGGGCGGUGGUGGAGUACCGCGCCAACGACUGGUACCGCGUCUACCUGCUCCGAGCCCUGCACCGGCAGGCCGGCCGGGAGCACAUCCUGGGCCGCAUGCGCGACCCCGCCUGGGCCUGGCUGUUCCCUCCGGAGGUGCUGAAGAUCCAGAAGGCGAUCCCCGCGGAGGCGGACCCCUUCCUGUGCGUCAGUCCCCCGUACCGAGCCCUGAGGGACGCCGUGGGCCAGGCGCUGGUGGAGGCCAGGACCGAGGCCCUGCAGGGCGAGCUGCAGAAGCAGAGCAGCCCCCAGGGCAGCGUCCUGCUGGCGCUCGCCCUGUUCCGCCAGGUCACCUGCCGCUGUGUAUCACCUGAGGACAGGCUCCGCCCCUCAGAGCAGGAGAGGAGAACCCUGGAGGAGGUCCUUAAGGACCCCAUACCCGAGCCGGUCAAGGCCUUCUGCACGGCCCUCUUGUCCAAUCAGAUCGGGGGCCCGGAUUCCUCCCUCUCCCUCAGCCAGGGGCUUGGGCCGGGGAGGCGGGCCCUGCUGGAGCUGCUGGUCCACCUGGACGCCGUGCUCCUCAGUGGGGCCCCUCUGCUGGCGCCGCUGCACCUCAUGGCCUUCAGACCCCCCAGCGCUGCGCCGUUCUACCUGCCGACCAUGCCUGAAGAUCACACAUAUGAAGUUCAUCAACUGCUGCUUAGCAAAGGGCGAAAGACGCAAAUGUAUCGUUGUCCCAAUGGACAUAUUAUCUUUGUGGGCGAGUGUGGAAAGCCGGUGGAAGUGUCAAAGUGCCCAGACUGUCGCGUACAAGUAGGAGGGCAUAACCACUCGCCAGUCGUCGGCUUUCAACGCUUGGACAGCUCCGCGGAUCAGACCCGGGCCGGCCACGUCCUGGGAGGGGCCCGUCAGCGGUCCGAGGCCCCCGAGCGCCAGAUGACCCCCGCCCAGUCCUGCGUUCUGCGCCUGCUGACGCACCUCGCGAUGCUGCAGGGGGCCUGCAAGAACCGCAAGGUUGUCACUGGCAUGGUCCACCCCACCCCGCGUGACGUGGUGGUCUUCCUGUGGGACCACCUGGAGCGGGACCUGGGCGCGCUGGGACGCGCUCUGGACCUGAACGCCGACGACGCCGCCGUGACGGUCCAUCUGAUCCUCGCCGAGUGCAGCGCGGCGACACAAGGCUGGCGGGGGGCCAGACCCGACCUGACCAGCAGGAAGGGGCGGGCAGAGUUUGAGAACCGCGUCUGUGUCUCUGCCAUCGACCCGGUGCUCCAGAACCUGAAGGGGAAGCUGGACGAGGCGCGGCAGAGGGUCAGCGCCGACGACAGCCAGGUGGGGAGCCCCCUGAUGAGGCUGCUGUACGCCGACCCCGGGCCCCUGCUGGCGCUGCCCUCCGAGGGCCCCACCCAGCGCUCGGCCUUCUGGAGCCUUCCGGAGAGCGUGACGGUGGAGCGGUUCUCCCAGCUGGUGGGGGAGAGCGCGGGGCGGAGCUCCCUGGGCCUCCUGCUGCUCUUCCUGGAGAAGAUUUCCUGUGUCAGACAGUUGCAACACCUCCCGGAGCUUGCAGCUCUGCAGUCGGACCUCCUCAGAAUCUUUCCCCUUGCGUCGCCGGACUACGAAUCCCAAAGCAUCGCUCAGAUGUUACAACGGUUUCCGGAAGGACACCAGCGCAGCGUGGUCUCGCAGCGUGUGGAGAGGUUCGUGGACGUGUGGAACUGUCUUCGCCUGGAGAUGGCCCGUGACGCUGAGCUGGGUCUGGACGUGAAGCUGUGUGAGAAACCGAUCACCACGGACAGCUCCGGGGCCUUCCUGGUCCCCGACCGUAGAGGACCGGGGUCCUGCCUUCGGAACCUGGUGGACUUCCUGUCCAAGACCCACAACAGCCUGGUGACGGGGGCCCGGAAGGUCAACAACCAAGAGCACAGUGAGUACAGUGUGCAGCUAGAGGAGGUCUCAGACACCCAGCUGGCCCUGUGUCACCCCGAGAGGCAGCUGCUCCCCCUGGUGCUCGCCCACUGCCACUACACCCUGAAGGAAGGCCAGGAGACAGAGCACAGCUACGACCUCCGAGGGAUCCAAACCCAGCUGGCCCGCCGCUUCCUGGCCGGGAAGCCCCUCAUCCAAGCGGACACUGAGCGGUUCCUGAUCCGCCACCAGCAGGACUUCUCCGUUGUGCUGUCGGAAGUGAGGAUGAAGGUCCAUCAGACCCCCCUGAAGGGCUCGGUGUGUGAGGCGGUCCGCAGCGGGCUGCGCUCCUACUCGGACGUGUGUGACGCCGUGUACCUGCUGGAGAUCGGCCUACGCCUGCUGGGCAAGACGGGCGGGCAGCCCGGGGGACCUCUGAUGACCUACCUCACCGAGGCCCUGAAGAUCGGCCCGCAGAUCUCCAGCAGCGUGGCCAAGGCGCUGGGAGAGAUUCGCCUGGAGCACGGCGUGUUCACCUGGCAGCUCCUGACCUGCUGGAAGUCCGAACUCAGGCUGAAGAAGAAGCAGGAGCCCUUCCCCGCUCUGCGCUCAGAGUUCUGCCAGAAGCUGACGGCAGAGGAGCGGAGGGCGCUGACGGUGUUCCUCACCUCGGCCGAUACGGGAGGGUUCACCCGGGAGCUGCACGAGGUCCUCCUGCUGAAGACCAGCGGCUUGGUGCCGGACCAGGAGUACAACCCCCACUGGGACAUCAGGUCCACUCUAGAGAGCCAUCUGGAGCUGAAGAACCUGCCCCCUCUGCAGGGGCUGGACGCACUACCGGGCGACAUCAACCUGGCCAAGGGGGCGGAGGUGUGGAGGAUGGCGGUGGCGUUUAAGAGAGGAUAGCGUCGCGGCUACGGAACAUUCCACGGUCCAUUCCGUCUUGAAGUCCACACAUUAAUAAUAAUAAUAAUAAAUAAAAUGUAUAUAGCGCUGAAUAUGGUACUCUAAGACGCUUGAUGCCUUGAUGAUGUUGGACAUGAUUUAAUUUUAAACUCAGGAACUCUGGGCCAAUCUUGUGCUUAAUGUAGCCUAGUCCUCGGGACCAAAGCCUGUUAGAGCUGCUUGUUUACCUUAAUGGUUAAUGUUGGGAUGUUUUAAUUUGAUUAGCAGUAAUUCCUAAAAUUCUAAAAGUCUUACUUUUUUUUAUAAUGAGUCUUACUUUUGAAAUCUGUUUCUGCCUUUUCCACAUCUUUUCACAAAUGUAUUUGUAUGAAUAUAGAAACCUGUGAUGGCAUCUGUUAAUAAAUCAAUAAACCCAUAGAUGGUAAAAUCA